CACGUGAGGGCUGGAGCACAUAAAAGGGAAGACACAACACCACUGAGCAGCACUCUUCUGGCUUUCAAGCUGCCUGAAGACGAGUGAGCAGAGAGGGAAAACCAUGAGUACCAUUUCCAAGAAUUCCUUGAAGGGGUCCCUGCUGCAGCUACAAUGUCAUUUUACAUGGACUUUGCUGAAGCAGGAUGUGGAUCUUGAAGACCUAGAAGAAACAAUAUACUAUCAGAUUGAGUUUCUAAUGAAAUCCAAUGCCAUAAAUUAUAACCUGCUAUCCUAUGUAUGUUACCUAAAGAAUUCAAAUGAAGAAGCCCUGAGAAAUCUCAAAAAAGCUGAAGAAGUUGUUAAAAAAAAUCAUCCAGAUGAAAUUUCCAGGAGAAGUCUUGUUACCUGGGGGAACUAUGCCUGGAUAUAUUACCACAUGGAGAGGUACGAAGAAGCUCAAACUUACAUAAGCAAAGUGGAAGACAGCUGCAAAAACCUUUCAAAUACCGCCCAACAGAAAAUUCAGCUUCCAGAGAUCUAUGCUGAGCAAGGAUGGGCAUUCUUAAAGUUUGGGGCAAAAUACUACGAGAGAGCAAAGAAUUGCUUUGAAAAUGCUCUGAAGGAUGAACCCAAUAACCCGGAAUUUAGUGCCGGCUAUGCAACAGCAAUGUAUCGUUUGGAAUCGUUUUGUCACAGACAGUGUGAAGAUAUAAGUCGGUCCCUCGAGCCCCUGAAGCACGCAGUGGAACUGAAUCCGAAGGAUACUUUAGUUAUGGCAUUACUUGCUUUAAAACUUCAGGACAUAAAGCGAGUUGAUGAAGGGGAGAAGUACAUUGAAGAAGCAAUGCAGAAAACCCCUGAUCUUCCUCAUUUCCUGCGAUACGCUGCUAAAUUUUACAGAAGGAAGGGAGAACUGGACAAGGCACUGGAGAUUUUGAAAAAGGCCCUAGAAGCAGCACCAAAAUCUGCCUUUUUGCAUCACCAACUAGGACUCUGUUACAGAAGGAAGCUGUUUGAACUGAAAAAGACAAGAUAUCCACCUCAAGAUCAAGUGGAGGAACUCAUCCAACUUUCCAUUUUUCAUUUUAAAACAGCAAUUGAGCAAAAGACAACAUUUUUUUCUGCCCAUACCGACCUAGCAAACAUGUAUGCACACAACAAGAGGCAUAAAGAAGCAGAAGAGACAUUUCAGAAAGCAUUUCAGAUAAAAAUUCUAUCCUAUAGUGAUAAACAAGAAUACUACUACCAUUAUGGCAAUUUUCAGCUUUUUCAUAUGAAAUCGGAAUCUGAAGCCAUUAAGUAUUUCAUAGAAGGGCUGAAAAUUGAAAAAAAUUCAUAUGGAAGGAAACUGUGCAAAAGUGCUGUGAAGAAAUUGUUAGAACAGAGAAUUCAAGGAGGUUUAGGAGAUGCAACAGAUUUUGGUACACUUGGAUUCGUUCAUAAAUUAAAUGGUGAGAAACGUGAAGCAAUUGAGUGCUAUGAGAAAGCCAUUGCAUUGAAUCCCGACAGUGAAGAAUAUCUGAAUGCGUUACAUGAGCUACAACUUUCCAGCUGAAGCUAAAGCUCCCCAAAUUCCUUCACACCAAAAAAAAAAACCCAAACCCAAGAACAUUUCAACAGACUCUCAAAACAUUUUGUUUUGUUUUUUAAUUAUAACCAGAUGAAACAUCUGGUGGCACCACUUUCUGGUGAUAAUGUAGGAACUGCAGAUGAUGACUGUUCAUUUGUUUGUUCAUUCACCAACAGCGAGCAUGCUUAGAAAUAGUAAAUAACAGCUAAGCUAUCUUAGUCUUCAAUGCUAAUGCUGAUAUAAGGGUUGUGUUUGAGUGAUGAACUGUAGAACAUAGAACUAAGCUAGAAAUAAGAUCCUACCUUCUACUGAGAAAAAGAUAAGGGAACCAUACUAUACUAUUUCAUUUAUCCACUUGAAAGGCAUGCUUAUACACAAAUGGAAUUUCUGAUGCUUUUUCAAAUAUUUUAAAAAAUCUCUUUUUUUAGUGUAACCUUUAAAAAACUUUUGUUAAAGACUUGUUCAGUACCUUGUAUGUUGUUUAACUAUGAAGAAUAACCACUGUUUGGCUAGUUCAUUGGAAAGCUUACAAAACAUGUAUUAUUGCUGUGAACUAUUAAAGAGCAGUGUAGCCAUCAACUGUUGCUUCUGGUAUCUCUCUGCUGACCAAUCCUCACAGUAGUAGAUGAAAGAAAGGGAAAUGGCCAUUUGAAAAACUAACAGAGAUAAAGUUUUGGCAUGAUAUGAAAGUGCCAGGAGAUAGCCCCAUUUAUUUUCGCAAACUCUGAGCAAGGUGGCUUCAGAGGUGUUGCACCAAAGAAUUAAACUGUGCAUGAAACAACAUCCUCCUAGUUUACCCAAAGCCGCAGUCUCAGGAACUGCUACAGCAGACAUCCGGAGGGGAAGGAGAGGCAGUCUUUAAGAUGCCAAAAAAGAUGGCUAUCUGCAGCCAAGCUCGUGAAACAAGCCAGAGAUAGAAAAUACACACAAGAAAUGCACUGAACUGGACACGGAGGGCAGAGUGCAGCUAGAGCAAGGAGUUGCAUGAGCACCGGAGAACAGGGCAGCAGAACACAAGGGACAUGGGGGAAAAGGGGUGGGUGCCCACAGAGUCUACGUGACUGGAAGAAAGGGCUGAAAGGACAGAUAUCCAACUAAAAGUCAGUAUUCUUUACAACAGGCCAGCCUAAUUCCACAGUAUUGUACCUUGGUAUAAUAGAUCAUGGUGUGCAGGAAAAACUAAUGCUGUACUUCCAGAACACUUCUGAGCCCUGGCCAGUAGUGUAGAAUAUGCAAACUGAUGGCAGAGCCCAUCAGGCAGGAUGUCCACUUUUGUUUCCAGCCAUCCUGGGGCAUCCCUGCCCCUGCAACAGCAGUCCCAUGUACAGACAGAAUGACAGGCCUGAAGGAGUAUAAAAUAUGAUGCCAGAUCCUGAAACAUCAAGAAAGUUCUCCUCUCUCAGCUCUCCCUCAAAGAGUGUUUCAUAAUACAAGUGAAAGUGAUCAGGAGCUAAACAGGUUACAACCGCACCGUCUUCUCAAGAAAGGGCUGGGGCAAAAUACAUCCUUGUGUUCCAGCCACCUGCCAGCUUCUCUUUUACAAAGGUGUCCCUGCCUAUGGAAAGAGUAGGGAGGGAGGAAGGCAGAAAAGACUGGGAGCAAGACUGACACACCACUUCUGAAAGCUGGUAGGAACAACCGUAGGUUUGAAGGCAGGAACAGGUGACUACCUAUGGUGUUGUGCUCAGCUGCACGGGCAAAAGGGCAUGCUGGGCGACCUCACUGCCUUUCUCAAUCGAGGUUUCUAACAUCAGCAUCACUGCCAUCCAAACCCUCCUGAGGGCACCGGGGGCAGCAGGGAAGAAUUCGAGGAAGAGGUGGUUGCAGGGUCCCGAAGCCCUGCUGGCACAUCCCUGCUCCCCUCCACACCCCGCCUGCCACCAGAGCCUCUCCUGCCUCUCUCCUGGAAUAUGAACCUUGCAGAAAUAAGGAGAAGCAAUAAAGUGUUCUGAGAAAAAUGUGAGCCUGAAUUUUUAUGAAGAGUCAGAUUGGCUCAAUCUUCUCCACAGCAAAGAAAUUGACUGUUGAGGUGUAGUGAUGCAAGAAAUCUGUUUAUUGUGCCUUACCUGCUUCGGGCUCUGGAGGAUUGUGCUGGACCGCCGUACCACCCAGGGAUGCUCAGUGCAAACGCUGCCUUCUGGUUCUUGCCUACUGCCUUGUAAAUGAGGAGAAACGUUAUUUCCCACAGGGUGGUGCUGCUGCCUUGCCUGGCAGGGGAACACAGGGGAGAGGCUGGGCAUGAGCUUGGGGAAGCGGACAAACCGAAACACGCGGUUUGUGGUGUCCAAGUCCGAUGGGCAAAACCAGAACCACACAGAAGCUGAACACCUCUCAAUUUGCACCCAAGUAUGAAUAUAUCACUGCAGCCUAUGCUAGCAGUGCAGGGAAAAAAGCAAGUGAAGAUCACCCUUCAGGAAAUACUCGUUUAUGAAUCAAAAGCACCUUCUAAAUUGUAUAGGAAACUCUACUGUCAUACACUAGAAUAGUCACUUAGCAGAAGGUACCACCUAUUAAGGUGAUCCCGACUAAGGACUUCAUAAUGCUGACCAUGAAGUACUGUUACAGCUUUAACUUAAACAAGCACUUCCUUUUCCUUGUAACACUUCAGAAAGCAAACAAAGAAUUGUUGUGCCAAUAUAAAAUAUAUUCACCAUAUAGGAGCACAGAAAACCUUUGUUUUUCAGGAGACAAAUUAUCACCCAAGCAGGCAGAAAUCUUUCAGGCUCAAAAUUUUCUCUUUUUUUCCCCUGAAAACAGGGUAAUUUUUCAAGAGAAGGUACUCGGCUUUUCCAAUGCUGUUUUCACACAAUUUUUCAAGGUAAAAAUUUAUUAAAUAUUCCAAAGCUGAUGUGAUAAAAGUUAUCACCAGCACAUAAGCAAUUUCAAAAGAAAGAUGAUUUCCCCAUUUCAAACCUCAUGGAAUGCAAACAGAUGGGAUAACUUCAGCAGUUUCACUUACUUACACUGAAUUCCCGUUCACUCCACGAAGAGAGUAUUAUUCCAGGCAGGAUUCAUUUGGGGUAGGAUCCAGCCGUUUCUGCCUUGGGCAGACGUUACCCCAGCCGAGCCAGUCCCGGGAAGCCCGACAGGCUCAGCGGCGCAGUGCUCCAUUGAAGCUCGCAUCCAUCAGCGCUCAACAGGGCUGCUGGGAACCUGCAGUGAUAGCCAGGGGACUUGUUCACAACUAGCCCAGGUAUCUCUGCCUACCGCUGUACCGUGCCAUGCCAGGAGAGAUUGUCUGUGGAGAACAGCCUGAAUAAUAUACUCUCCAAAAAAACCCAUUGAAGAUACAAGCAAUCAUUUUUUAAACAUGGCAUAAUCCAAAGGCUUCUAUGACGCGCCAUCUGAAACAUUUUGCAUGGCAGGAUGAAGAUGAGCUGUUCAGUUUGGGUGCUGUGGAUCAGGGGGGUAGGAGUUUGGCAUGAGGCUUUGCAAACUGCAUUGUAUUCCCAUAUCUUCCACUCACAGGUCACUUCUUGUUAUGCUUCCUUCCUUCUGUUUGUGAGCUGGGGAGAUUCAUGACAGGGCUGAUAUCUCAUGGCGUGCUUUAUGCACAGGAAGCAUCAUUAUGGUUUAUAAGCUUUUGUCCAUUGGCUUAAUUCAGAGUAGAAACAGUGUUAGAAAACCCUGAAAUAAUUCUAUCAUCUUCUACAAAAGGUCUGUAUAUAAAACCAGUUGAAUGUUUUCUGCUGAAUUAGAUAUUUUAAACAAGAAAUACUGCCUUAAUUAUAAGUUAAACACAAACCAGAAAAGCCUAUGAAAAAAAUCCUGAAAUAAAAAAAAAAUAAA